CCUGCUGGUCGCCGGACCAGUAAAGAUGGCAGAGGUCGGUCACCGGCUCGGGGCCGGGGCCUGCCGGCUGGCCGCUCUCAGGACCCCCCUGAGCUCCGGCAUGCGCCUCGGAUAUCUCUCUGCUGGCUGUGUUUCCGGGAAUGAUGAAGUUCACGAAUCAGCUCAGGCUGGAAACGAAGUUCAGACGUUGUCAAGAAGCAGCAGGUCACAGAAACUUCCCAGGUGCAGGAGAGCAGAAAAGCAACGAAAACCUGGAACUUCACUUUGUGCCACAUCUUUAUCCUCCCGUUUCACAAGGCGUGCUGACACCAGAGAGGGUCUGCUUUGCACAGCGAGCCUCUGCUUCUCUGCAGGGCUGUUCCAGGAGAAACUGCUGCCAUGCAGGCUCAGGAGAGCUGUUUCCAUUCACCCCAACACCUCCAUGUCCUCUCAGCAGAUCAGAGCUGUUUGCACUGUCGUCUUCAUUCUGGCAGAGCAGGGAUUAGAGAGGCCUGGGUGUGGAUCCAGACUGAAACCCUUGAAAUGUGGCCCUAACACCCUGGGGCUGUCAAAGACGACAGCAAGAGGCUACAGCUUCAGGUCAGGUGAGCCUCCCCUGCUCCAAAAAACCAGGACUGCCUAUUAUGACAUUCUCAAAGUGACUCCUAGUGCCACGCAGUCGCAGAUCAAGACGGCGUACUACAAGCAGUCCUUCAUCUACCACCCUGACAAGAACCCGGGUAGCAAAGAGGCCACCCAGCGCUUCUCUGAGAUCAGUGAGGCUUAUACCGUUCUGGGCAACAUCAGCCUGAGGAGGAAGUACGACCGGGGAAUCCUGAGCCAGUCUGACGUCCAGGGAGCAGGGAGACCGUCCUCCAAUGACACCACAAGCAAAUCCACAAAGUCCCAGCAGCAGCGACAGCAGCAGAGGACCAGGCCGUUCUCCCAAGCAGGCGGGAAGCCCAUGUUUGAUUUUGAUGCCUUUUACCAGGCUCAUUAUGGGGAGCAGCUUCAGAGAGAGAGGGACAUGAGAGCCAGGAAGCAGCGCAUGGAGGAGAUCCAGAAGGUCAACCAGAGCAGGUGGAGGGAGCAGAAAGUGAUGGAGCUGGCACUGACCAUGAUCUUCGCCAUGGCGGCACUCAUUUUAUUCAGUAUCGCCAAACCCUGAGAUAGCAGCCACAGCCACAGCCUGACGCGUCCUCUCUGGAGCUUCAGUGAUUUCUCAGGGGGUUGAGAUGAAGACAGAGGACCUGACCGUUUUUCAAAUGUUGCACAGAUUCAGACACUUGAAAUGAUUGUUUUUAGUCUGCAGGAGUGAAUAAACCUCAUUGCUUUAAGUAUUUUGAUGGUUUAAAGGAAAAUGAGGCUUUUAUUUUGUAAAUAAAAUAGGUUCUUUAUUUUACUUGAGACAUGGUUCUCUAUCACUUAUACUGAAAACACAUCAGAAAUUGAUCUUUUAAAAGCCUUAUGAACACACGUAAAGCGCACAUCAGACAUGAUCCUUUUUUAUGUCUGUGUGCAUUUGGGACGAGGAUGGCUUGCAAAAUUGUGAAUAUGGUGUAAAGGAGCAACAAAACCUUCAUGUUACAUAUAGGGUCUAAAAAUAGAAAAUGAAUAAACAUUACAGAUAUCCAUCUGAAAAGAAGUAAUGAAUCAAAAAGGUGGUACUUCAAAUGAAAGCUGCUUAUUUGUAACAGGAUCUGGACUUAUUUAUUCUUGAAAUAAUUUGAUUAUGUAGGCGACGUCAUAACAAUGGUAACAUAUUUUAUGUUGGACUUACUAACAUGUUGUUUAUUCAAAAUCACAUUAUUACAGAUUCAUUUCAGAGAAAGUCAAGUAUGAAGUAUGCACAAGUGCAUGUGUGAAGCUGCUUAAAACGAUAGCAUAUUUAAUAUUAAGGUAUAAAUCUGAACAACUUUCAGCAGCUUUAAUUGAUUUCUUUUCAUUCAAAUCCUCUUCAUCAAGAGGAUGACAAAAGGACUUUUCAAGCCAAACAACUGACAAGGCCUUCACUUUUUUCUUUACACUGGAUCUGUAAUAUGGAAAUGCCCUGACAGUGUAGUUUGAGGUUUGUGUUGUUGGGAAACGUUUGCACCUUCUUAUCAUGUUCCUGCAGGUAUUUGGAUGUAUAUGUGUAUGUAGUGUACAUACGGAAACAUCAAUAGAAUUCACAUGUCAGAAUUUUAAAAUGCUUUAUUUUAAAGGAAGCAAUAUUUAAAUAAACUGA